GGACACACGUCUUCCUCAAGCUUUGGCUGUGACUCGCGUCUCAGGGACUGACAGUCGAAAGGCAUGACAUUAGGUGCAUGCUGCUCUGAUCUUGCUGGUAGGUUUCCCCUCUCUUUGCACUAUUGCUGCUCAUUCACAGAAGAUCUAAAACAGGUGUGAUCAUAGGCAAAACGUUACUGUGCGGCUCUCCUCCUCGUCGUCGGUUUGUGUGUGUGUGCGCAUAGAUGAGUUUGUCUGGAUUGGGAGGUAAGAAGUAACGCUCAUUGUUAGCGCCAAUUUGUUGCAGUUUUGUUAAAUAGUGACUAACUUUUACAGGUCUCCCCAUAUUACCAUUGCUGCUCUGUUGAUAUUCCGGAUUCUGCGCAUCAUCAACCUCGGAUUGUGGUGGCGGCUGCACGCCCUAAUUGAAGUGGUGUUUGGCGUGCGGCAGUGGCGUGCGGCACCGGCGCGCUCCGUUCACCUCCUAUUGUUGUGUGGCCAGAGGGUCGCACUGGAUUCGGAUAUUUUAAUUUGUUUUUCUUUAUUUUUGUCCCAGCCUGUUGGUGUGGUAUAACUAUUUAUAUAUUUAGGUUGAUAUUGUUUUCUUUUUGUUGUACAUUUUGGCUCGUUGUCUGUAUUAAUUGUUUUUUUUUCUCUCUCUCUGCUGACAGUGCUGAGGCCCGGCGGCGGUGUUGGUGUGGUGACGGUGUCUUCUUUUUUUUGUGUGUGCCGUGAUUCCUGAGUUUGGGUCUUCUCACUGCGUCUGGUGCUUUACAGGGGUUUUGUUUGCUGUGUUUGGGUGGAUCCCGUCCUAUGGUGGCCCCCUUCCGCCGAUUGGCUAAUCCGUCAACAGAGCAGCAGUGGUUUCGUGCAGAGCAUCAAAGCGGUGGGUGAGGUGUUAAGAGUUAACCUUAGGUUGUAAUUCUGCACUGUAGUAAUCACAAGAAGCAGAAUAAGCUUGUGAUAAUUAUGGAAGAAGAAAUUCAGGAACUUAAAGAGCUGGUAGCAAGCUUAAGAGCUGACAAUGAGCGGUUGCGACAAGGACAGGCUAGCUUAAGUGCUCAGCCAUCCACUUCUUCAGCAUUGCCUAAUGCCCCUCCUACACCUAGUCUCCCUGUAGCAGAGAGACUGAUUUUUGUGCCUAGAGAUAGGAAAUGCCCCAUCUUUAGAGGAAGGACAGGUAUAGGUUUGAGUGAGUGGACUGAGGAAGCAAGAUUGUGUAUGAGAGCCCGGCAUCUGUCUGUAGCUGACCAAGCGUUUUUCCUGUUUGAUCACCUGGAGGGAGAAGCUAGAAAUGAAAUAAAGUAUCGCUCUAGUGCAGAGAGAGAGGACCCUGCUAGAAUAUUUGAGAUCCUACAAGAGUUGUAUGGUUGUUCUGAGUCCUAUGUUGCUCUUCAAGAGGCCUUCUUUUCUAGAAGACAACAAGAGGGAGAGAGUCUUCAGGAGUUCUCCCUCGCAUUAAUGGGCCUUAUGGAGAGGGUAAAACAGCGUGCACCUGCUGGUAUGUUGAAUUCUGAGACACUGUUAAGAGAUCAGUUUGUUGAACAGGUGUUGGACAGUUCCCUGAGACGCGAGUUGAAGCAGCUGGUACGCACAAGGCCUGACAGCACUUUACUUGAGGUUAGGGCCGCAGCAAUCCAGUGGGAACGCGAAGGGGUACCUCAUGGUGGGAGGAACCGUAGCCAGUCGCUUCCUUCAGUUUAUGGCGUCCAGUAUGGGGUACAUGGUGGUCCUCCGGUAGCUUCUUUAACAUCAGCAACGGAGAUGAGUCAAAUAAGAGAAAUGCUAAAGUGUCAGCAAAAGCAGCUCCAGCAGCUUAGUGAGAGCAUUUCUCAGUUGCAGAAUUUCCACCGCCCUAAUCAUCCACGCACCACUGGUCCAGUAAUCUGCAGGCGGUGCAACCAGCCAGGUCAUUUCGCACGAGAGUGUGAUGGGGUGCGUGUCCCCCGUCGAACCCAAUGUCCGCCAAAUUCAGCUGCCCAGUCCCGUUCUGCUUCUGUGGCGGAAAACUAGUUCCCACCGAACUGCUGAGCCACAGUUUGGGUGGGGAUGCUAUUGGCUCACUAGCCACUAUUGGAAGUUCGGGUGCUUCUAAGUUGAUUUCAGAUUGCCCUCAUGCAGAUGUAGUCAUGGGUGGGGUGACAGUCCCAUGUUUGGUGGAUACUGGUUCGAUGGUGUCCACGGUUUCUGAAAGCUUUUUUCGUCAGCAUAUGGAGUCUUGGGGUUCAGAGCACCUCCAGUCGUGUCAUUGGUUGGAGCUUAGAGCUGCCAAUGGUCUUAAGAUUCCUUAUAUUGGCUAUUUGGAACUUGAUGUACACCUCUGUGGUAAAUUGAUUCCCCACUGUGGUGUUUUGGUUGUGCAGGACCCUGGCGGUGAGGUCCCAGCUAAGGUCCCAGGUGUUUUGGGGAUGAAUGUGAUCAGGAAGUGUUACCAAGAACUGUUUGGGCAACAUGGUGUAGCUUGGUCUUCUGUGUCUGGUGUUUCCGAGGCCCCUCAGUCAGUCAUGCAGGCACUGCAGCAGUGCCAGUCUGCCAACUCACGAGAG